AUGAAUAAAAUAAGACCAGACUCAGUGGAACCAGAGCCAGGGACGUCCAAACCAGCAAGAAGACACCAGUGCUCCCACUGUGGAAAGGGUUGUAACCGGUUUUGGGACCUGAAACAACAUGAGAAAAUACACACAGGGGAGAAGCCUUACCACUGCUCCCAGUGUGGCAAGUGUUUCAAACAUUCAGGGGAUCUGAAAAAACAUGGAAGAAUACACACGGGGGAGAAGCCUUACCACUGCUCCCAGUGUGGCAAGUGUUUCAACCGGCCAGGACACCUGAAAGCUCAUGAGCUAGUACACACAGGGGAGAAGCCUUACCACUGCUCCCAGUGUGGCAAGUGUUUCGCCCAGUUAGGAAAUCUGAAACAACAUGAGCUAGUACACACAGGGGAGAAGCCUUACCACUGCUCCCAGUGUGGCAAGUGUUUUAGCCAGUUAGGGAAUCUGAAACAACAUGAGCUAGUACACACCGGGGAGAAGCCUUACCACUGCUCCCAGUGUGGCAAGUGUUUCAAACAGUCAGGGGAUCUGAAAAAACAUGGAAGAAUACACACAAGGGAGAAGCCUUACCACUGCACCCAGUGUGGCAAGUGUUUUAACCAGUUAGGGAAUCUGAAACAACAUGAGCUAGUACACAAAGCGGAGAAGCCGUACCACUGCUCCCAGUGUGGCAAGUGUUUCGAACAUUCAGGGGAUCUGAAAAAACAUGGAAGAAUACACAUGGGGGAGAAGCCUUACCACUGCUCCCAGUGUGGCAAGUGUUUCAACCGGUCAGGACACCUGAAAACUCAUGAGCUAGUACACACAGGGGAGAAGCCUUACCACUGCUCCCAGUGUGGCAAGUGUUUUAACCAGUUAGGGAAUCUGAAACAACAUGAGCUAGUACACACAGCGGAGAAGCCUUACCACUGUUCCCAGUGUGGCAAGUGUUUCAGCCAGUCAAGGGAUCUGAAAAAACACGAAAGAAUACACACAGGGGAGAUGCAUUACCACUCCUCCCAGGGUGCAAAGCAUUUGCCCAUUUAGGAAGCCUGAAAGAACAUGACACAGAGGAGAAGGCUUACAAAAACGUAGACUUUGGAAAAACAUAUUACUCAUAACAAUCACUUAAACGUCAUUAGAGAAUCCACACAGGAGAGAGAAAUUACUUCUCUUAGCAUGUAUAUUGAUAUUUCACAUCUCAUUGACUGACAACUCAUCAGAGAACAUACACAGUGCUCCCAUUGUCUUAUAUUGUUGCCUUAUAAUGUGUUUACCUGUUUUUACCAGAUGAAAUUGCUUCUUCCAAUUAUUGAUAAACAUGUACUGACUGUUAGAACUGUUCCAUGGAUUGAUGAGGAAUUUAAAAACUGUAUGCUUGAAAGAGAUGGGGCAAAAGGAGUGGCUAAUAAGUCUGGCUGCACAUCUGGCUGGCUUACAUACUGCAAAUUGAGAAAUUAUGUGACCAAACUCAACAAAAAUAAUCAACUUUAUUAAGAAGCCAAGAUCAAUUAUAUAAAGAACGAUGGAAAAAAACACCAUGAAAGAAAAGCAGUGCAAGUGUCGAAUUUUGUAAAGUUAGUGUGGGAGAGGUGGAAAAAUUGUUAUCGAUCAAUAAUGACAAACCUCCUGGCAUUGACAACUUAGGAGUGGCUAUAGAGUCAGCUACUGUCCUCAGUAGCUUUCCAUCUAUCUGUCAUAUUUUUUAUAUGAGCCAAGAGGAAAGUCUUUGUUCUCAGGCCUGGAGGGAAGCCAAAUUAAUCCACUACCCAAGAGUGGUAAAGCGGCCUUUACUGGUUCUAACAGCAGACCUA